AUGCGUGGUGGGUCAGAAUCGGAGGUUGGGAAGGGUAAUCUUCCGGCUGAGAGUGAGCUGGAGUUGGGACUAGGGCUCUCUCUCGGCGGUGGCGCGUGGAGAGAGCGUGGGAGGAUUCUUACGGCUAAAGAUUUUCCUUCUGUUGGGUCUAAACGAGCUGCUGACUCUUCCUCUCACCAAGGAGCAUCUCCUCCUCGCUCAAGUCAGGUAGUUGGAUGGCCACCGAUUGGAUCACACAGGAUGAACAGUCUGGCUAUGAAGGCAGCGAGAGCGGAAGAAGGAGGAGAUGAAGAGGGGAAGAAGAAGAAAGAUGAGGCCAAAGAUGUGUCAAUGAAGAUGAAUGGGAAAGCUCAGGGUUUAGGGUUUGUUAAAGUGAAUAUGGAUGGAGUUGGUAUAGGCAGGAAAGUGGAUAUGAGAGCUCACUCGUCUUAUGAAAACUUGGCUCAGACGCUUGAGGAAAUGUUCUUUGGAAUGACAGGGGCUACUUGUCAAGAAAAGGUGAAACCUUCAAGACUUUUAGACGGAUCAUCAGAGUUUGUACUCACUUAUGAAGACAAGGAAGGAGAUUGGAUGCUUGUGGGAGAUGUUCCGUGGAGAAUGUUUAUGACUUCGGUGAAAAGGCUUCGGAUCAUGAGAACCUCAGAAGCUAAUGGACUUGCAUCAAGACAACAAGAACAGAAGGAGAGACCAAGAGACAACCCUGUGUAG